CCACCAUGUACCGGAUGUGGCCAAGCCAUCUUAGAUCAGUUUAUACUCAAAGUUCAAGGUCGUUUGUGGCAUGCAGCAUGUUUGAGAUGCACAGCUUGUCACCUGACUUUAACACGUGACUGUUUUCUUCGCGGAUCUCAAGUCUUCUGCCAGGACGACUUUUUCAGGUUGUUUGGAGCCAGGUGUACCGGAUGUAACCAACCCAUUUCGCCCACAGAACAAGUCAGACGUGCCCACGAGAAGAUCUAUCAUCCUGCCUGUUUUAAAUGUAUCGGAUGUGACGUAGAAUUGAACACUGGUGACGAGUUCUAUCUGAGGGAUGAUGGGAAAUUAAUAUGUCGCCAAGAUUACGACAUUGCCAAAGAGAAAGAACCUUCACCAAAAAGAGCCCGGAUAUUCAUGUCCGACCACCAAACGACCAUCUUGGAAGCACUGUUCAACCAUUGCAGACAUCCAUCCCAUAAAAUAUUGACUACAGUAGCCACCGAGAUCGAGCUCGAGUUGAAAACAGUACAGAAAUGGUUCAAGAACAAACGAGACGAAGAUUCGCUUUGGUCAUCAGAAGGGGAAGUAACUGAUUCAGAACUUCCGGUUCAGAAACCUGGUACAUUUCCAGUUCCUAUUGUAAACAAAGGUAAGGCAUCUAUGAAUUUGGCGGGUAUAUUUGACGUCAACGACCUUUCCUUUGGAAUUUGA